AUGAAAAAGGCCCCAAUUCGAUACAAGCAGAAAUGUACAGCUCUGAUAACAACACUAGUGAUAUUGUUCACUUUCAAAUGGAGGACUAAUGUUGACUCUCGGAAUCCAUGGAGGCCCAUGAAGAAAAGCCAAUAAUCUACACUAUGGAAAACAAGCCGAUUGUGACAUGUGCUGGCGACCAGAGCCUGUUCACUUCUCUCUACACCUCUCUGGCACAGCAGUUACCCAGGGAGUCCAUGGAGUGGAGGAGGUCCUACGGACGCGCACCAAAGAUGAUUCACCUCGAGGCCAACUUUGUUCAGUUCAAAGAGGAGCUACUUCCUAAGGAUGGAAACAGAGCCCUGCUCACCUUUCCCUUCCUGCACAUAUACUGGACAGACUGUUGUGACACUGAGAUGUACAAGGCGUCGGUGAAGGAUGACAUGCUGCGGUGGCAGAGCACCCUGCGGCUGCACGGCUCGGUGGACUGGCUCAUCGUGGUGGUGGAGAGCGAAGCCAAGAAGAAGAACAAGACCAACAUCCUGCCGCGCACCUCCAUCGUGGACAAGAUCCGCAACGACUUCUGCAACAAGCAGAGCGACAGGUGUGUGGUUCUGUCGGACCCUCUGAAGGAGUCGUCUCGGUCCCAGGAUUCGUGGAGCGCCUUCCUGACCAAGCUGCGCACCUUGCUACUCAUGUCCUUCACCAAGAACCUGGGCCGUUUCGAGGAUGACAUGCGCACUCUCCGCGAGAAACGCACUGAGCCCGGCUGGAGCUUCUGCGACUACUUCAUGGUGCAGGAGGAGUUGGCCUUUGUGUUUGAGAUGCUGCAGCAGUUUGAGGAUGCCCUGGUCCAGUACGACGAGCUGGACGCUCUCUUCACUCAGUAUGUCCUCAACUUUGGGGCUGGAGACGGGGCCAACUGGCUGGGCUCGUUCUGUGCCCCGGUGAAGCGCUGGAGCGGGCUGCUCCUGCGGCGGCCCAUCGACAUGGAGAAGCGCGAGCUGAUCCAGCGCGGCGAAGCCAGCCUGCUGGACCUGCGCAGCUACUUGUUCUCCCGCCAGUGUACCCUGCUCAUCUUCCUCCAGAGGCCCUGGGAGGUCACCCAACGAGCCCUGGAGCUGCUGCACAAUUGCGUCCAGGAGCUGCGCCUGCUCGAGGUGUAUGUGGUCCAGGGGGCGUUGGACUGCUGGGUGUUCCUCAGCUGUCUGGAAGUGCUCCACAGGAUCGAGGGCUGCUGCGACCGCGCCCAGCUCGAGGCCAACUGCUCCCACACUGUCGGCUUGUGGACCUACGCCACAGAGAAGCUAAAGUCUCUGGGCUACCUGUGUGGCCUCGUGGCCGAGAAGGUCCCCACCUCCGAGGACCUAAACCGCACCGUGGACCUUUUGGCUGGCCUGGGGGAAGAGAGACCAGAGACGGUUAACAGCCUGCAGAGCCCUUACAAAAAACUCAAUGAGGCCUUAUCGUCUGUGGAGGCAUUUGAAAAACACUAUCUGGAGCUGUCUCAUGCUGCUAUGGAGAUGUACAGAGCCAUAGGCAGGAUGCGCUCAGCCCGGCUCAUUGGGAAGAGUCUAGCUGAGUUUUACAUGAAGAAAGGUGACCCGGAGAGAGCAGAGGGCUUCCUUGAUGACUCUCUGAGGUCAUACGUGGCAGAGGGGUGGAGCCUGCAGGUGACUCAUACCAGGAAGCAGAUGGCCGAGUGUCAGAAGCUCCUGCAGCAGACUGAAGACUACCUGCAGACCAGUGCCUUGCUGGCGGGCGACGCCAACCUGACAGAGGAGGAGAGGAAGCACUUCUGCCAGGAGAUCCUUACCUUCGCCAGCCAGCCCCCGGCACCCUCAGACCAGACUGUGGCUCUGAGCAUGGCGGCGUUCGCCCAGCUGCGCCAGAUGCAGUUCAGCCCGCCUGGCGCCGUGGUGCACGUGGGUGCCGCCCUGCAGCUGGAGCUGCGCGUGCGCUGCCUGAUGCCUGUGGCCAUGCAGGUGGAGCAGCUGGCUGCCACUCUCCACUUCAGCCUGGAGCAGGGCGGGGCAAGGGGCCGUGCGGGCAGCGCCCAGAGGAGGGCGGGCCAUGGACCACAAGGCCAGGGGGACGGUGUGGUCCUGUUCCCCCAGGGAAGCCCCCUAGCUGGGGCCGGGAUGGGGGCUUCGCUACCCCCCGCCCUGGAGCUUUACGAAAUGCAGGACCGCAGCCCGUCGGACAGCUCGCUCAACUCCACGGGGGUGGUGUGUAAGAACAUGCACCUGCUGCUGCGGCGCCACGACAGCUCCGCCUCCCUAGACACGCCCACCGCCGGGGCCCUUCCGGCAGCGGUCGCCGUGGACGACGGGGCCCAGAUGUUGAGGGCACGCGACAUAACGCUGCAGCCCGGCGACAACAGCAUCUUGUUCACGGCCCCGACUGGAGAGCCGGGCUCGUACACGUUACGUCAGCUGUGCGGGAGCGUGGGGAGAGUCCAGUUUGUCCAGUCUCACAUCUACCCUGUGGUGCAGUACGAGGUCUACUCCCAGGAGCCUCAGCUCACCAUCGAGCCCCUCUCAGACAACCUGUUGGCAGGCAUUCCCCAGAAGGUGACGUUCACCAUAGCAACAGGCCACUACAGUGUGAAGAAGGGUGACGCGUUGCAGCUUAGCAAUACAGACUCCAUGCCCAUCCUCCACUCUAGCUGCUGCUCUGCUACCGUCCUGUCCAGCACAGGAGAGCGCAUGGGGGAGAGUGCUCUUUCCAUCCAGUCAUCGGAGAAGGUGACCAGCAUCUCCCUGCCCCCCACCCCUCCCUACCACACCCUGGCGUUCCAGCUGGAGGUGCUGUGCCACAUCCCCCCCACGCCCUUCAAGCCCGACAUUGAGCGCCUCACCAACGGCGAGGUCCGCCACCGGCCCAAAAGCCACAGCCACGCAGACAGCGGCAUGAUCAACAUCGACCAAAAGGUCUCCAUCGACUGUCCUUGGUCCAUCUACUCCACUCUCAUAGCCCUAACCUUCUAUGUCCCUUUCAAAGCCAAGCACUCAAUACUCUCUGCUGGGAAAAGGAAGUACAUACAGGUGUGUCUCCAGAACGUGUCCGACACAAACUUCCACCUGGCGGACCCGGUCCUCACAGAGCGCCAGCCCACAGUCUCGAUGGAGCUGCUCUCACUCAAUGUUAAAACACAACAGCCGGUGUGCAGUCAGCAGUCAGUGUUCUGCCUGUGGGAGAUGCGUUGGGCCAAACCCCUCCCGCUGUGCCUGCAGUGUGCAUUCUCCGCCAGCUUCGCGCCCGUCUCCGCCUCGGACACACACACAGCCUUCAAGCCCUACCGCUACGAGUUCCAGCUGGACCGGGUCUCUACCCUUUACAGCUUGAAGGCCGAGAUCUUGCCGCCGUCCGGCGACCAGCACUGUCGCACCGGCGCCCUCUGUGGCCUCGAGGUGUCCAUCACACGGCAGGCGGAGCCCAGCGAGACUGAAGGGGAGGAGGAGGAGUCUACGGAAAUAGAGGGCCUGAGGACCACCAAGCUCAUGUAUGAAGUGGUGGACAACAGCAGUAACUGGGCGGUGUGUGGCAAGAGCUCGGGGGUGGUGUCCAUGCCCGUGGCUGCCAGCGCCACACACAGGGUUCAGAUGGAGGUCAUGCCCCUGUUCGCCGGUCACCUGCCCUUCCCCAACAUCAAAGUGUUCAAGUACCUGCCCCACAAUGCCGUCCCAGCCAUUCAGCCCGACACAGACAGCUGCUUAGAGAACGACACCAUAUCCCUGCUGGACGACCAGGGCGACACGGCCAGCAUCCGCAGCCGGGGCAGCGUCCACUCGGUGGGCAGCGGGGAGCAGCAGAGGGGUCUGCCCAUGCCCCGCCUGGAGCCCUUCAGUCCGGGACAGGUGUUCUAUUGGAGCCAGGGGCGGCAGGUGCUGGUGCUGCCCGUUACUGAUGACCACGUGAUGGAGGUUAACGUCACAUGACCCCUGUGGGCCGCUGCCGUACCCCCCCAUGCCCCCACCACGUCUGGACCUCUGUGGUUUGGUUCCUGGCUGUGGUUCUGGAACCGGGAGAGGGCCUGGCGGCAGGGAACUGACACUUGCUCUCCUCUCAGGACUCAUUGCUGCCCGGCCACUGGCCCUGCUCCUGUUCUGGCCUGAGUUCCAUCUGCUGUAUUUUUAUCUGGUCAAUCUUUUUCAUACUGUAAAACUAUCUCUCUCAUUGAUUCUUGCUCCGUGGAGACAGUAAAUCGCUUAACUGUUCUGCGUAGACACCCCCCCCCCACACACACACACACACACACACACACACACAUCUGUGAUCGGCUUGCUGGUUCCACUGAUCGUCAACGCAACCUUCUGUAUGAGGCACACAUGGACACACUAAUGGGCGUUUGGACAGGGGUGCUUCGUUUUGUGGUUUGUAUUGGUUGGUGUGUGUCUGUCUAUGCAUGACAUGGCAAGUUGUGAUGGAUGAAGGGAAAGAGCGGGGCCGGUUAAUCGUGUGUGUGUGUGUGUGUGUGUGUGUGUGUGUGUGUGUGUGUGUGUGUGUGUGUGUGCGUGCAAUAUCUACUCCACUUUUCCUCUUCACUCACUUUCCAGCCCCUUGCUCCCAAACCCCGCUGAAUCCUCUUUCCUUUGCUGUAGUCAUAGCGCCACCCUCUGGCCACAGUACAAACUGUUCAAUAAGUACACAUUCUUCCAGAGGAAUCACUGUACUGACUGUGCAAAGGCUGCACCAAAAACACAUUGUCUCGAAGGAAUAUGUUGGAGAAAAAUAUAAGUUUUGUUUUUGUGCAGAUGUGAGACGUACUAAUGAACACUUGCUUUUGGCUUUGUUCAGGUUUUAGGGUUCACUUAUUCACGUAUCGGUGGAAUCUGAGAACAAUGGGAUGAAAUAGCACUUGGUUGUUUUCAGUGACUUCUUUUUGGCUGAAAGUGACCCGUCUGUUUGAAGUGUUACCAUCAUGUGUUUUGACUUUGUGGUUUACUUGAAUGCUGAGGAGGUAAAUUCCUAUGUUUAGUAAAUGUGGUGUCUGACAAUUGUUCUUUUUUUUUCUCUUCUCUCAGCUAUUCGCUGUUGCUACGGUAACUGUCAGGUAGAGCACUUUCGUAUCGUAGCACAAUUCUUUCACAAAAACAAUUUAGGAGGGGAAAUUCGCUUGUGUAAAUGCGAUGUUCAUUCAUUUUAUUGACCUCUAUUUUUGUACUGUGUCGCCGGAUAUGUUUUGGUUGGUUGGUAUCUACUGGAGGGGAGGCCUAUGGUGGCUUUGGGCCUGAGGCCUAAGCACACCCUGUAGCACACCUCUUCAGCUAUUACUGUCCUGUAUUCCUCCACUUCUGGGCUUGUAUCUAGCAUAAUCCCACAAACAAAGUAGUGCUCACCGCCAGGACGAAAGGCAGAAGACUUGUUCCCUCUAUCUGGCCAUCUUGAUGAAAGAGAACCUCGCCCACUCAGACUCCACCUACAAAACUUAGUGGCAAAAAAAAAAAGUAUGUGAACCCUUUGGAAUUACCUGGAUUUCUGCUUAAAUUAGUCAUCAAAUUUGAUCUGAUCUUCAUCUUAGUCAGGAAAAUAGACAAACCCAGUCUGCUUAAACUAAUAACGCACACACACAAUUAUACGUUUUCAUGUCUUUAUUGAACACAGUGUGAACAUUCUCAGUGCAGGGUGGAAAAGGUAUGUGAACCCUUGACUUUAAUAACUGGUUGACCCUCCUUUGGCAGCAAUAACCUCAACCAAACGUUUUCUGUAGUUGCGGAACAGACCUGCACAACGGUCAGGAGCAAUUUUGCCCCAUUCCUCUUUACAAUACUGUUUCAGUUCAGCAAUAUUCUUGGGAUGUCUGGUGUGAAUCGCUCUCUUGAGGUCAUGCCACAGAAUCUCAAUCAGGCAGAGGUCAGGACUCUGACUGGGCCACUCCAGAAGGUGUAUUUUCUUCUGUUGAAGCCAUUCUGUUGUUGAUUUACUUCUGUGUUAUGGGUCAUUGUCCUGUUGCAUCACCCAACUUCUGUUGAGCUUCAAUCGGACAGAUAGCCUUACAUUCUCCUGCAAAAUGUCUUGAUGAACUUGUGAAUUUAUUUUUCCGUUGACGAUAACAAGCUGUCCAGGCCCUGAGGCAGCAAAGCAGCCCAAACCAUGAUGCUCCAUCCACCAUACUUUACAGUUGGGAUGAGGUUUUGAUGUUGGGGUGCUGUCUUUAAAAACAAAAAAAAUCUCCACACAGUGUUGUGUGUUCCUUCCAAACAACUCUACUUUAAUCUGUCCACAGAAUAUUUUGCUGUGGAACAUCCAGGGGCUCUUUUGCGAACUUCAGACGUGCAGCAAUGUUUUUUUUGGACAGCAGUGUCUUCCCAUGAACACCAUUCUUGUUUAAUGUUUUACAUGUUAUAGACUCGUCAACAGAGCUGUUAGCAUGUUCCAGAGAUUUCUUUAAGUCUUUAGCUGACACUCUAGGAUUCUUCUUAACCUCAUUGAGCAUUCUGUGCUGUGCUCUUGCAGUCAUCUUUGCAGGACGGCCACUCCUAGGGAGAGUAGCAACAGUGCUGAACUUUCUCAAUUUAUAGACAAUGUGUCUUACUGUGGACUGAUGAACAUCAAGGCUUUUAGAGAUACUUUUGUAACCCUUUCCAGCUUUAUGCAAGUCACCAAUUCUUAAUCUUAGGUCUUCUGAGAUCUCUUUUGAUCGAGGCAUGGUUCACAUAGCAAACUCAAAUUUUGUGAGUGUUUCUUAUAGGGCAGGGCAGCUCAAACCAUCUCCAAUCUUGUCUCAUUGAUUAUACUCCAGGUUUGCUGACUCCUGACUUCUCCAAAAGCUAAUUGGUGUCAUUAGCCUAGGGGUUCACAUACUUUUUCCAAACCUACACUGUGAAUGUUUAAAUGACAUAUUCAAUAUAGACAAGAAAAAUACAAUAAUUUGUGUGUUAUUAGUUUACCCACUCUGUGUCUAUUGUGACUUGGAUGAAGAUCAGAUAAUAUUUUAUGACCCAAUUCAUGCAGAAGUCCAGGUAAUUCCAAAGGGUAUAUACAUACAUACAUACUUUUUUCUUGCCACUGUACAUGCCCGAACCUACAGCAACACGGGUCUGUCUUUGAAACGUCCAUAUGUCCUCAGUGUGUGUGUGUGUGUGUGUGAGGUUGUCAAACUAUAAGAAUGAAGACUAGUGAUAUCAGUGCUCGUCUAUGUACACAUCUUAUUUUAUGUCCAGCUGUAUUUAUUGUUUUGUUUUUUAAAAUAUAUUAUUUAAUGGCAAAUAGCUGGAAGGGACGGAAUCAUCAAUCACUCUCACAGAAAUAAAGACAUUGGGAAUUGUCUGGUGAUUUUGUUUUUUUGUCUUUCAACAGUCAUUGGUCACUGAAAUCAAAAAAACAAAAACAAUGUGUAUGUAAAUGAUUCCAUGGGAGUUCAGCACCAUUGAUUGUAUUCAGAUUAGUUUAAAUAAUUAAUCAUAUGUAUGCAUUAUACAGUUGAAAUUAAAUAUACCUAUGUUUUAA